AUGUCACCACCACCACAUCUCUUCUCCACCGCCGCUCUCCUCGCGGUCCUCUUCCUCUUGUCGGCGGAAGCGACGGUGGCGCGCAGCAAUUUCGAGGCCUCGUGGCAGCCGUUCAGGAACUUGAAGGCGAGGAAGGUGACGGCGGUAGCCCAGUUCGCGGUGAAGGAGUACAACAAGGCUUAUCCGGAUCGCCCGCCGCUGAGCCUGGUGAGCGUUGACAAGGGCGAGUUUCUCAAGGCCGUCGGCGCCAACUACCACCUCUACAUCACCGCCGCCGCCGGCGGCCGUCUCGGCCGCGGGAAGUACCAGACGUUUGUGUUCGAGUAUCGGACGGGGAAGUGGGAAUUGACGUCGUUUGUGCGAAUGGAUCGAGGCUAG